CCCCAUCACAGAGCAUCUUCAAAAUCCUCACUCACUCAAUCACUCGCCAAAACCUAGAAAACCACCACCACUUUCUUCUAACCUUUCGAUGUCUCCAACAACAUCAAACCCACAAUCAAUCUUAAACAAUAGGUUCCUAAGCUACUUAAUAUGGCAAUCCAUACCCUCUACUCUCAUCUUCAUCUUCUCCUUUUCCUUUCUCCCCAAAACCCCGUUAUGGUCUUUUCUCCCUUUCAUCACUUUCCAGUUCCUCUUCUCCGUUACUCUCUCAUUCAUCUCUUCAGCUUCUUCACACCCCAUUUUUCUCCCUCGCCGUUUAAAGCUCUCACUCACUUUCCUCCUCUUCGUAACUGCCUCCGCUUUCUCCGGUUCCGUUGCGGCGCUUUCUCUAUUCGGAUUUAACGAUUUUGGAAGAGUUGGGUUAAGGGGUUUCCUCGUUGGUUCAAUGUUUGGUUUUCAUUAUGUUUUUAAACGUCGUUGGGUUUUGGAGUUUCCCAUUAUUCAGCGUCCUCCUUUCUUCAAUUUUAAGAUGGGGAUUCCUUUGGCUGCUAAACGUGCUUUCAAGCUUUCCACUGUUGCUUUCAUUUUUUCUGCUAUUUUGUUGGAGAUUAUUCCACACAAUUUUAAGUGCAGCAUUGCAACACAAGCAUUCGUUGCCGAGCAGAUUGUGUUUUUUGUUGCCAGUUUUGCUAUCUUUUUCUGUUGGGAGUUGACUCAUAAUUUACACCGGGUUUUACACACCAAGAGAUCCGUAUUUGCGCCCCCAAAAGGAUCAGCUGCUGCAGAAACAAAUCCAAGUGAGCACCUCCUUUCAGCUUUGGAAGAGAGUAAUCCAACAUCUCUUCUUCGAUAUCUUGCUUAUCUUGAUCUUUGUAUGGUUUGUGAGAACAAUGUUGACACUUGGCGGCGGGCGGCAUUUUUUGAAGAAACGGGCGAGACUUACAAAAGAGUAAUUGCUGUGUGCCUGAAGCCUCUGGAGCAACUUGCCUCAAGAUUAGGUGAGGCCUUGGGGAAUUCUUCCGACAAAUCUACACAACUAUCAAGUCAGUUAAACUCCCCAACCGAUGCACGACUAGAUUUGAAGCACGUAGAAGAACUGUAUAACUUCCAGCUAUAUGCUUGGUGUUCAAGGAUUGUUGCCUCACUGACUGCAUGUUCACGCAAAGAAGAUAAGUUCGGGGCUGCUCAGCUCUCCGGGAGUAAUGCUGCUGUAGUUUCAACUCUGAUAUCAUGCCUUCUAGCUGUCGAGAAUUUCAUGGGAAAGAAAACAAACCUGCAGUCCCCGAAUCAAUUGUUGGGAUCUGCCGGCAUCAAAUGGGCAACAGUGAAUAGUGGAAGAUUAGAUAUUGCUGCAGCUGCUGCUGGUAGUAAAAGAAAAAAUGGCCCGGCAAAUUCGAAAGCUUAUGCUAUUGCUGAUGUUCUCAAGACAUCAAUCUAUCAAAUAGUAUCUGCAUUCCAUGAUGAGAUGUUGGCUGGUACUAAAGCAAGUCUUCUGGAGAAGGAUUGGGUAACAAGUGAGAAACCGCUUUUUGGUAGUCGUGAGAUGGUUAUACAAAAGUUACGUCUUUUCCUUGAUUUUCGGGCUACCUAAGUAAUGCAUUUUGAUGAGGUUUUCAUGAUACCUUAUUAACUGGACUAAACAACAUGCUUGUAAGAGGGCUAUACAAAUAGAAUGUUGUCAAUAUACAGAUGCAAUGGACUGAAGGAAAAAGUUCUCAAUUUUGUUGUCAGAAAUUUGAGAUCGAUAUUAAUCUGUAAAGAUUAUGUUGAACAUGCUUGAAUUGGCAGGUGAGUUAUUAUUUGGAUUUUCUUUUUCUUGAUUAAGUUUUUUGGAAGUGCUUCUCUGAAAUUUUAAUUAGUAUGGAUGAGCUUUAAAAAAA